AUGGAGGCGUCAACGCAGCUCACGGAAGAGAGCCGAAAGGCACACAUCGGCACGUACAAGAACAACAAAACCGGUUCCGAGAUAGUCAUUGAAGUGGUGAACGAGCAAUUGACCAUGAAAAUAUCGACAGAGACACAGCCCGAAACCUGCACCAAGCAGACCAAGCGCUAUGGUCUUGUUCGCUGCAAGUCCACGACAGGAGCUGAAGGAUCGACCGAUUGUUGGAUGACUUCGCCGGGGCAUAUCAACGACUCGCCCGAGGAGACGCAAGCUGCCGACGAAGAGCAGCCCGGCGGAAACCACAUCAGUUUCUUCUCUGAGAGGAACAUGAUACAACGACUAGUGUGGAGGUCACCGGGAGCCGAAAACGCGCUACAGUACACUAAGCUGAAUACUGUUGGGCUGCUCAAACUCCCCGAUGAGCUCCUUGAACACAUCCUUGAUUAUGCGUUGACUGCCGAUGACGAGAUUGUGCACAUCCCAGAGAGAUGUGGCCAGCUACGCAUAGCUGUUUGUCGCCACGUCCCUUACGCAAACGCCAAGUUCGCGUUCGACGACGGAAAUCCGACAAGGCUACCGGAGCCCCUCAACAAUGUCCAGUUCGUGAGUGGUUGGACCUUCGAUACUUUCCGACGCCUGGACCAGGCCCGACCUGCCUCUGCCUCCAAAUGGUUCAUUGCGGGUACGCAGUGGUUCGACAACGUGCGGAAGGUCACUUUGCUGGGCGAUUUCGGGGUUGGCCGCACAGCCGACGAGAACAUCCUUCACGGCAUCAUCCGGUUCGGCCACCAACACGCCAAAGCAGACAUCUCCGUCACCGUACAAUCUCUCUCGAUCCGAGGAUACAAGAGGCUAGAUGGAUUCAUGACACUGGCGUGGCUCAUACAAGAAGCGGUACGAGGUACCCUGAGGCCUACAUGGGUGGCGCCAAAGGAUAAGCUGGUGCGCGACAAGGACCUCAACUUCAUGAAUGUCGCGAAUGUGCGGUUCAAACCAUCCGAUGUAUACGCCGACUGGCAGGAAGACUUGAAGACUCUCCCAGUCAAGAAGCAGAAGGUGGCGACCAUCACACGUAUCGUCGACGAGUGUGGAGGAAUUGAUCAGAUGCUGGUAUUCGUCAGGGGCGUGUAUGAGAGAGGCAUCUAG